AUGAGAAAGAUCCAACAGUUGGAUCGCUCCAACUGCUCCGCCUUGAAAUCGCGAAACAAACCGAUCAUCGCUGCUGCACACGACGAAAACUCGUCAAGUUGGGAGUCUCGUUCGUCUCUUGACGGUGUACAUGGCUUGCGUGUUGACAUCAUAGGCAACGCAGCCGACUCCAGUCUGGCGGCUACAGCAUCUCAACCAGGCAGGGCGGAUCGAGAUGCUGGAGUUGAGAGGAGAUGCCGUGAGCCAAUAUGCUUGCCGCUCUGCUUGGAGCCUCCCUUCCCAGUGGCAAGGGGCCAUUUUAGCCCAAAACGAAAUGAGCACGAGCGUUUCCCUGAAGCAGGAACCCGUGGGAAAGCAAGCCUGGCUCCUCUAACUCGUUUCCCCCCUGGUAAAAAUAUCCAGCCAUGUAACUUUGUCUUAUAUAAGUCAGUCAGCUCCAUCGACUAUCCACAGGAAGAAACCCUUUUGGAGAGUGUUAAGAGGAGAAACAUGACACAAGCGCCAAGUUUGAUGGUUGCCCCUGGGUCGUUUGCUCUUAUGAGUGGCAGGCCGGAGCGCACCCCGUAA